AUGAUAGGUGUGUUCAGUAUCAGUCCAGGAAGGAAGACAACUACAGAAGAAGAUUUUAUUCUUGUCCCGGAAACUGGACUCCUACAGAUUGCGAUUACUUCCAUUGGGUUGACGACACUGACGAGCUUUUGGUGUGUGCAAUGUGAUUGCCGUUUUACUGUCGUUAAGUUUGAGAAUUAUGUCUCCAUUUUGCAGUCGUUCAGCAUAAGCACAUCUGAAGCUCUGGAGCUUAUGGACCAAUUUUGUUUGAUGAAUCCAGAUUCCAACGGGCUAGUUAAAUUUCGUGGUUUUUGUACUGUUUUUGGGUUGGGAGACAAUCUUCCAUCCAAAAAGAUUUUUACUUACCUUGAUGUGGAAAGGAGGGGAUCUAUUGCUUUUCGUCAGUUCUUGAUCGGAUCAGCUCACGUUAGGAAGCAGCCUUUAUUCAUGAGAGCUUGUGAAACAGCUUUCAACACAUUCUGUGACAGUGAAUCAAGUUGUUCAACUUUAACAAUAGAACAGUUUCGUGAUAAGCUUCAGUCAAUGAUGCCAUCAACCGACAAAGAAUCUCUCAAUCAAUUGGUUCAUUUGUUUGACGUGGACGAGGAUGGAAAAAUUGAUCGGGAUGAUUUCAUGAGCUGCCUAUGGAAGAACCCACUUCUUGUAGCACUAUUUCCUGCGUUAAUCGACACCACCAUCUUGGCAGUCCAUGCUUAGAAGGUUUUUUGUUUUUUUUUUUUUUUAUUGUCACAGUUAUGUUAUAUGUAUCUAUCAAACUUUAACAUGAUAUUUUUGUGACAUUGAAUAGACAAAUCUGAUAUAUAUUAUAAACACAUGUUUAUAAGUUAUUGUGAUUAACACCAAAAAAAAAAAAAAAAAAAAAAAACUUAUUUAUUAGAGAGGACCACUGUGCAUAUGCAAAUCAAAAGAUGAAUGGAUUGGAGACAUAACCAAAUCUAUAUUGCAAACAUUGUUUGUAAUAUUAUUCUUUACAUCAAAACUUGCAUCAUGUAAUACAAGAUGAACAGUGGACGCGAAUAUUGUAAAG